AUUUGUUGACGGAAGUUCCCACAGAAGAAGAUGGUGCGCGUGAAGUCGAGGUAUUUGCUGUGCGAAGUUAACGUGACAGACAGGAGACAGCUGUUUUUGCUGGAUGACCAAGCGGUUAGAUCGGCAGUAAGGUCAGCAGUGGAGCGCUUACAUGGGGACUACGGGACGGCUCUCUGUAGCAUCAGGUUUAAUGUGAUAUAUUUAAAUGCUCAUACAGGAAUUGUGUUCCUGCGUUUCCCUAAAAGAUGCUACAAACUCCUCUGGUCUGCAUUGCCAUUCAUCACCUGUAUUGAAACACAGGGGCAGAAGAUCCCAUGUUUUUUCAAUUGUUUGCAUGUAGGAGGGACAAUCAGAACAUGUCAGAAGUUUCUGAUCCGAUACCACACCCAACAGCUCCAUCACAUGCUUCCUCGAUGUAAAGAUGAAAAAGAGAAACAAGAGGUACGAGAAGCACUUAUGAACUGCUCGCUAACGAGACAAAAGGAAGAAUCUGAAGAGGAGUAUGACAGUGAGGAAGACGAAGAGGAAUCAAAGAGCAAAGAAGACAAAAAAAAGACUUAAGAACAAACAGUACAUGGAUGGCAGCUGUUGAGCUCUCUGAAUAUCUUUAUGUUCACAUUUUGUAAAGGGAUUGCCAGAAAAGGGGAUAUGUGAAGUAUUUAUGUAAAUCUUUGGACCACAGAUGCGUGGUGCAUUUGAAAGAUUCGAUACAGGAUGUUUGUCACACUUUGUAUCAUAUAAUUUGAUCUGGUAGUUAGUGUAGCCUCAGAGCUAAGUUUGAACCUACUAUCUUCAGAGCUGAUACUUAACACUGAGAGUGAAUUACUAUCUCUUAAUGUUUUUUUCUUACCAGAUACUGCACAGAUGAGGACUUGCUUAGGUCUGCUGAAAGAGAGUUCUUUUUUUUCUAAUCAGUCCUUUAUGUAUUACUACCAUGAAUGUGCUCAUCUGUGUUUUGUUUACAAAUUUAAUGACUUUUUGGAGGAAAUGUAUUGGAUUAAGCUUUCUAAAAUAAUAUCUGCAAACACCUGAUGGGUCUUUUAUAAUAACAAGAAAAGUGAAGGUUAACAGUUGGUAAAGUGACUUAAAAAUACCCUUAUUAACGGUUUCACAAGAUAUAAUCUUGACAAAAAAAAAAAAAAACAUUUUAAGUAGCAUAUGAUAGCAGACAUUAAGCUGUUUUGUACACAAUCUAAUUAAAGCUCCUGUAAGGAA